AUGGAGACGAUAAACUCAAGGGAACAUGCCAAAUCUCUCAGCUCGGGAACAGAGUCUUCUUUGCACGAGAAUCUGCGCGUUUGCGGUCUGCCGGGUGUGCAAAAUGAAAGAGACUCCGAGAGUCAGGUGGGGCUGGAGAGAUCAGAUACAAACUAUUCCCAGUACCCUGAUCAAGCCUUACUGGAUGAAAUUGUAUUGAUCCACUCGACAAGAACAAGAUCUAAUACGGAGAAAGGAAUCACUGUCGAUCCCAACGAGGUGACCAUUGAGGAUGGUGAUGCUGAAGACAUGUACUCCAUUCCCAUGGUGAAAAAGGUGGUGAUCAGUUUUCUCAUGUGCAUGACGGCAUUGAAUGUGACAAUGCUCUCAUCAUGUUGGUCUCUUGUUUCUGAGAAAAUCAUGUCGGAAUUUCACGUUGGUCACGAGGUGUCUACGCUAGGAGUUUCGUUGUUCAUCUGGGGAAUGGGCGUGGGUCCAUUGUUUCUAAGCCCAAUUUCUGAAUAUUAUGGUAGAAAAGCCACUUAUGUCGGCGGAUUAGCGCUGACUGUGUGCUUUGAAAUUUUGACGUGUUUUUCGCGCAAUUUGGGUGGAAUGUUGUUUGGUAGGUUCAUGUCCGGUUUCUUUGGAUCGGCUUUCCUUUCAGUGGCUGGUGGUACAUUCUCGGAUAUUUUCGUCAAAGAAGACAUUGCAGUUCCAGUCAUGCUCUUCAGUUUGUGUCCGUUUAUGGGUCCGAGUCUGGGACCAUUGAUAGCGGGAUUUAUAGCUGAUUCCAAUGCUGACUACAGAUGGUUGUUCUAUUCCCUGACUUUGUGGACGGGAACACUUCUCAUUUCUAUGUUAAUAUUUGUUCCAGAAACCUACAGACCGGUAUUAUUGGCUAGGAAGGCUGCCAAACUCAGAAAAGAGACGGGAAAUCAGGACUUUUUUGCUCCUCUUGAAAAGGUUGAACUAACUCUGUUCCAAUCGACGAUAUUGUCUGCCAAAAGACCGCUGCUUUUGCUGGUCAGAGAUCCUAUGAUGCUGGUUCUAUGUGUAUAUACUGGUCUCAUUCUUGCAAUUGUGUACCUCUUUUUUGUUUCAUUUCCAUAUACUUUCAGGACGGUAUGGGGGUUUGGAAUCAGUGCUCAGGGCAUGUCGUUUCUUGGUUUACUCACUGGAAUGGUGGUAUCUUCGCCUUUUUCUCUGGUUUUUGGCAAAAUUUAUCUUCAUCUCACGAAGAAGAAUAACGGUAUUGCCAAGCCCGAGUUCAGGUUUCCUUCCGUGAUAUUGGGAGGUUUAUUGUCCCCGAUAGCUCUGUUCAUGAUGGCUUGGACUUCGUACGCCAAUGUCCACUGGAUCGGUCUGAUCGUGUGUUCGAGUCUUUAUGGAGUGGGAACUUCCUUUUUGUUCUCAGGUGUUUUUACCUAUACUGUGGAUGCAUACCGGUUGUAUGCUGCCUCAGCCAUGGCUGCUAAUUCCUUUACCAGAUCCACUAUGGCCGGUGUGUUUCCACUAUUCGGUUUGCAGAUGUACGAGAAGUUGGGUGUUCACUGGGCUACGAUGCUUCUUGGGUUCAUCUCACUGGCAAUGUCUCCAUUUGCAUUUAUAUUCUACAAGAAGGGGGAGUAUCUGCGAAGCAGGAGUCCGUAUGGAUGGUCUGAGUGA